AUGAGCUGCAUAGCCGACACCAAAACUGUGAACUAUCAAUCACCGUUGGGCAAUUUUGGCGGGAAAACAGAUUGUUCGAGCUGCAGUGAAGAUGAUCUCGGUGUUACACGGUGGACCAUGCCGUUACUUAAGAGUGGAGAUAAGAGAUACUACUUAGGAAUAUUCUUUAAGGCAAACUGGUUCAAAGCGCAACAGUACUGCAGAUUCCACGGAAUGCACCUCGCUUCCAUAUCUUCACAAGAAGAGAACGACAGGCUAGAGAAAUACGUCAGAGAAUCCGGUUACGGCCGAGAACACUUCUGGACGUCUGGAACCGAUCUGGCCGAAGAGGGGAACUUCUUCUGGAUGGCGAACGGUCGGCCCCUGACAUUCGUGAACUGGAACGCAGGCGAACCAAACAACUUCCGUUAUGAGAACGGCGAAGAAGAGAACUGCUUGGAGCUGUGGAACAGAGAUGACAAAGGUCUCAAGUGGAACGAUUCUCCUUGCUCGUUUGAGACCUUCUUCAUUUGCGAAGUACGGUCUGAUUGA